CCUCUUUCUCCCACUGUCUCCGUCUGUCCGUCUCUUCUCUCUCCCCCUCUCGCUCUCUCCUCUCUCCUCCUCCCGCCCUCUCAAUCUCUCUCUUCCUACAUCCCUUCACGAGUACCCGCUAUUCUCCACGCCAGCACAUCAUUUUUCCAACUUUUCAUUCCGCCGUUCCUCAUGUCUGGAUACUCUCGGCCAAUGACCAGGAGCCGCAGCGCCAAGAUGAAGGAGCGAGCCUCCUAGGCUGAAACCGCCCCCCAAGCUAUCUCCCCAACAGCUGACGAGGUUCCGGCUGUCUCGCAGCCUGAGAUGCCGCCAUCGGUGGUCUCACCUCGCCAGUCCGAGCACGGAACGCCGCCCAAAGUGGCAGAGGAGAACCUCGCCACAGCCGAUCGCGCAAGUGACUCUACCGAUCCGCCCGCCGAACAGGGAGAUACGCACGCCUUCUAUAAGCACCCCAUAUGGGAUCGCAUUCGCGAGGGCCCCUGGGACCUCCUCGGUGAAGAGAGUGGCAGCUCCGCAGCCGGCCCCGAGGGCCAGAGCGCGGGGAUGCCGCUCUUUGAAGACAUUCGCGAAGUAGGAAAAGACGCCUUCGACCAAUGGAUUGCAAGGUACAACAAGCAAUACCUGGUUGAGACAAUCACCUCGGUCUUCGCCAGCGAGGAAGACUCCGACACCAAGUUGAAAAAGCUGAAUACGAUCAUGGAUGUCAUUAUGGCACCCAUGUGUGAUACUUUGGACAUCUGCUACUGGAAGCCGCCGGCGCUCGUAGGUGUCAUCGAGAAGGUUAUUGAUUCCAUCGGUGGCAACAUAAGGGUACUUGCCGGCUUCUGUCCUGGCGCCAAGUCGAGUGAGAAGGCAAAUUCGGCGAAAUACGACAUCGUAAAGCCGGUGACUCCAGAUUUCGCCUACUACCUCACGCACUGGGUCCUACACAGGCCGAUUUUCGAGGCUGCCAUCUGGCACACGGUGAUUGCCGAAUUUUUCGAGGCCGAGUCUGCCGUCUGGGUCGGGCGUGUGGGGAAGGAUUUCAACCGUCUCUGCAACGAAGUCGAAGGCUACGUGAUGAGAAGCAACUCAGACUACAACUCGGUGGUCGCCAAGUUCCACGAGUCACGCGCCCGGUUGGCCUUCCACAUCGUCCAAGAAGUUUGGAAGCCUGGGGACUUCAAUCACGAGGACACGCGCGAGACGUUUGCAGAGAAGGAGCGACUCGCAGAGGAUGUCAUCUUGAAACGAUUCAGACCGUUCAUAAACGAGGAUACCAAUGGCAAGGCGGCCAAGAACUCCGCUUUUCAAAUCCUGAAGUAUGCCGCCAUACUGAGGCGGGAGCUGGAGCAAGCGAGAGAGGUCUUCAAGCUUGUCAUGGCCAACGGUCUCGACGAUUCACGACAGCACUUUGACUACAACUCGGUGUACAUGGAGCAGCACUGGACCGACAAAAUGAGCGGCCCCUUGCCCAAAGACCCGCCCAAGGUUGCUUUCGUUGUGAGCCCCAUGCUGGUUAAACGCGGCCAUAGCCGUAACGCUACUACCCCGGCAAUGGACUAUGACAAGGUUUUCCGGGUCCUUCGCUCGACCGUCCUGCUUGAGGACUGGGAUGAGAGAAGGACUAGGGGGGCGGCUGAUGGGGGCGACAAGGGAUCCGGAAGUGCAGGUGGCAGCGAUAUUGGUUCUGUUGGGGAUUCGGCAAACUGAGCCAGAAUCAGCCCGUUUCUCCAAACACCGUGUUCGGAGAGUGUGGGCCUAGAGCGAUCCAUUUGUUGCAUGUGUAAUUGUCUCUUUAGUAUGCGAAUAGGU